AUGGCCGUACCUCCCGAAGUAGCAAAUGAUGCCCUGAAUGCCAUGCUCGCUGUCGUGCAAUCGCUCGUUCAGCGCUGCAUCAAGGUGAAGAAGGGUGAUCCCGAGGCCUUAAGGCUGUCGGACGAGAUUGCCAGGCGUGUGGCAAAAGACUUAAAACUAUACAGUGGGAAUGCUACAUCAUUCUCCCCACAGCUACUCUCAUUUGCCGCCGUUGUGAGACAGCACUCAAAGGGCGGGGCCUUUGAAAACGUCCCCGACUGGACCUCCGUCACCAAUGACGACCCUCGGAUAAAGAAUCACCCACGAUUCGAGAAGACCGUGGACUAUCGCCCCCCCUCCACAUUUAACCAUCCCGCCAUCGGGACAUCGACUGAUAUUCCCGCCACCGUCCCAAUACCACCGGCCAUCAUCGUCCCACCAUCGACUCCCUCGACUCCGCCAUCUAUGCCAUCCCAAACGGACCUGGAUGUCAUUGCUACACCAGUAGAGGAACCGAAACGAUGGUUGCGAGCGGCCAAGAACCCGCCCCGUGUCGGUCGUCCAGCACAUCCGCCCCUAAGAUACCGACAUUUGUAUUUUCCAGAAGCUGAGAGGGAACAAUGGAAGAUAGCUUCCGCGGCCGGCGAUAGCAAGAAGAGGAAGGCGGAAGAUGAAGAUACUGAUGGGACCAAAGUUGCCAAAAAGAUGAGGAAGGUGAAGUCCGAUGUCGAAAAAGAGCCAACCGGAGGAGUCAUCCAUGUAAAACGAAGGGCAUCCAACAGCUUACCGCUCCAGGAAUUGCCGCCUGUCGCUACUGACAAGGACGUUCUCCUAGUCGCAGACAAGGAUUUCCUGGAUGCAGAAACUCGGCCUGCAGAAUGGGGCUCGGAUUCUGAUGUCGCUACUCCUUGGCAGCAUUCCGUUCAUUACCACCCCCGGCGCUGCGACAAGUGUGCCAAGUUGGACGUAGCCUGCCUUGUCCUCCCCGACAAGAAAUUCGGGUAUACACGCCUCGCCUGCGCCAAUUGCGACAACAUGAAGAUCGCGUGCGCAAUCGACGGCGUUGGUGUCCGGCAGAGGUUGCAAGGUAAUGCGGCGAAAGCAUCCUCUGACGCGUGCAAAACCCCCAAGACGUCCAAGUCCCGAGCUGUCUCCGAAAAAUUCGCGGCGCGUCCUUCUCGCUCUCAACGGAGCAUUGCUUGUAGCAAAGGUACAUUUUCUUCGUGGCCUCGGAACGAGUUGAGCUCAUUGGAUUCGGUAGGAGCGGAGAAAAAGCCCACGGAGGUCCUUCCGGGUCAGGCUCAAAUACAGCUGGAAAACCGGCAAUCACCUGCGCCCACCAACCUGCUGGAACCAGAGCCCACUGCAAGAGAAAUCUUGCAGGGCAUCCAGGACCUCGGUCGGAGGUUGGAUCUCCUCGCCGCCAAUGAGCGGGUAGACGCGUUGGAGGUCAGAGUGGGUUCAGUUGAGACCAACCUGCUUCAGCGGUUGGACGAGUUAGAGCUCCGGCUCAACGAAUCUGAUGCCCGGUGGAAAUCUUUGGAAUCCAUAAAAUAG